CAACCACUGAUGUUGGCAUAGGUAAAGAUGGCUCACCUAAGGCCAACUUUGAGCGAGGUAUGGAACUCCAUGCGAAAGUAACAGUGUUUGCUGAGGGCUGCCAUGGUCAUCUUGCAAAACAACUGUACAAGAAAUUUGACCUACGAGCAAACUGUGACCCUCAGACCUAUGCAAUUGGUAUUAAGGAGCUUUGGGAGAUUGAUCCCGCUAAGCACGAGCCUGGCAGAGUUGAACAUACUGUUGGUUGGCCAUUGGAUUUUAAAACCUAUGGAGGUUCAUUCUUGUACCAUCUUGAUGAAGGUUCUCCAUUGGUGGCUGUAGGUUUUGUGGUUGGCUUAGAUUACACCAAUCCAUAUCUUAGCCCUUACAGAGAGUUCCAAAGGUAUAAGCAUCAUCCAGCAAUAAGAUCAACCUUUGAAGGUGGUAAAAGGAUAGCAUAUGGUGCUAGAGCUCUCAAUGAGGGCGGCCUCCAAGUAAGUAUCAUGUUGAUUUUAGAUAACAAUGAUAUAUGAUAAAUAUAGGUGCCA